UGCAAUCGUUGAAAUCGAUAGUGCUAUCGACGUAUGAACAGUGUUAUCGGAGCCGACUUGUGUAAUAAAAACAAAAAUUUAAUUAAAAAUUUCCGUAAAUGCAGUGCUGUAAUUUGUAACCGAAUAAUAAUUCAGAUUUCGUACAGCACCCAGGUGCCAUCAGCUAACAAGGAUUUCCGACCAAUGAGCCCGCGAACGAGUCUACACUUGAACCAGGGAUCGGACGUCUAUUAACCCAUGCUGCCCGCCAUCAUUUUCCGGCAGGUGCAGCGCCCACUGCACCAUGGAGCCGCCACCUUGGAGCACGUUUUGGGUGUCGGUGGGAGCAGCUUUGUGAACUGCCUGAAUCGAUAUGCGGCCGCCACGGGAUUCAUACGGAUCUCGUUUCUGGACAUCAAGCGGCGCAGAAACUACGAACUAGCCCGCCUGCGCCUCUAUGCCGAUGAGAAGAAGCAGUCGCUCCACUUGCGCACCUUGCAGGGACGCCAUCUCCUGCAGGGCGUCAUCGACAGGAAGAACUUCCUGGUAGAUGACAUCCGUGAGGCCAGGCACAAGGUCCAGGAACGGGUGCGCGAGAAGAUCGACGAGAUUCGGGAGGAGCGAGAGAACAUCAUGACCAUACCCAACAUGCUGACCAUCAGUCGCGCCGUCCUGUCACCCUACAUCGGAUAUGUAAUAGUCCAGGGCGACUUCACGCUAGGCAUGAGUCUUCUAGCCUUCGCCGGCUUCACAGAUCUGUUGGAUGGACAGAUCGCCCGACGGUGGCCUUCGCAGGCGAGCAAGUUUGGCUCUUUCCUGGACCCCAUGGCCGAUAAGUUGCUGAUGGGCUCGCUGGUCAUCGCGCUGUGCUACACGGAUCUGCUGCCCAUGUGGCUCAUGGGCAUCGUGGUGUUCCGGGAUGUAUUCCUCCUAGGAGCUGGAUUUGUUAUACGCUACAUAAGUCUGCCACCGCCGAAAACCUUUUCGCGCUACUUCGACGCCACCCAUGUUACUGCCCAACUGGAGCCCACGCUGCUCAGCAAGAUCAACACGGGUGUCCAGUUGGCCACCAUUGGACUGAGCCUGGGUGCUCCCAUCUGGAACUAUUUGGAUCACCCAGCCUUGCAGGGCCUUUGGUAUCUGACUGGCCUGACUACGGCUGCCACUGCCCUCAGCUACGUCAUGAAUCGACAUAAUACCUUUAAGAUUAUACAGAAAAAGACGUAGGGCCCCGGGCAUUUCCGCUAAAUAUGAGUACUAUGAAGGAGUAGUAUCUCUCCUUAAGCAAUGAUUAGUAUGUAUUGUGUUUUCUAAAUGAUUACCAUAAAAUAAAUCUAUUUUGUUAAUAAA